GCGGCGGCUGCGGGCCGGGGCCGGGGCCGGGCCCGGGGCCGGGGCCGGGCCCGGGCUGGCGGCGCCCCGGCCGGGCGGUUGGAGCGUGUGCCCGCUGCACCCCCGGGAAGGCGAGGCGGACUCCUGCCGUGCGGAGUUUCCAUUAGCAGUGCUGUCUGGCUAUCAUUAAGAGUUACAGGAUUUAGAAGCCUUCCCGUAGAGUCUCUGGGGUAUAAAUGAGUAAGAGCUGCAAUCAAACCAUCCAGGGCAUCUUUCUCAGGGUGGAGUGUUAAUGUUUUGAUGUCAGAAUGAAGAGCAGGAUACCUCUCAUUCUCCUAGCUUGUGGCUCCUUUAACCCCAUCACAAAUAUGCACAUGCGUUUAUUUGAGCUGGCUAGAGAUCACCUGCACCAAACAGGAAGAUAUCGGGUGAUUGAAGGCAUAAUGUCUCCAGUCAAUGAUAACUAUGGAAAGAAAGGCUUGGUUUCAGCCAAGCACCGGAUAGCAAUGGUUAAACUUGCACUGGAGACAUCUGGCUGGAUUCGAGUUGAUUCAUGGGAGAGUGAGCAGGAGACAUGGACAGAGACAGUAAAAGUAUUAAGGCACCACUACAAUGAAUCACUCAGGUCGCUGCAGUCCAGGAAGGAAUUCCUGACAAACAAGGGGCCCACACAAGGACCUCCAGAGGACUCCCAGUCUUCCCAGUACACAGUUCUACCAGAAUUAAAGCUGCUCUGUGGAGCUGAUAUUCUACAGACAUUUAAGACACCCAAUCUCUGGAAGGAAGAGCACAUCAAAGAAAUAGUAGAAAAGUUUGGUUUGGUGUGUAUUAGCCGUGCUGGCUCUGAUCCUGCUCAGUAUAUCAAUGAAUCAGACCUUUUAACUAAGUUUCAGCACAAUAUCUUUUUAGUGAAAGAAUGGAUUCAGAAUGAAAUCAGUGCAACACAGAUACGCAAUGCCUUGUGCAGAGGAUUAAGUGUAAAAUAUCUCGUACCAGAUUCUGUCAUUUCCUACAUUACACAGCAUAAUAUCUACACAGAAGAGAGUGAGCGGAAGAAUGAAGGUGACUUGCUUCAACCUCUAAAGUUGCAUAACACAAAAGUAAACCCGCUGAACGACUGAUGACUGCAGUCUCUGAAACAGACAGAGGUGGCAUUUUUUCAUGUAAAAUUCUUGAGAAAGAUGUUUUUUGUUGGUGAGGGAAAAGUACAUCAGCCAAAAAUUUUUUGAAUUCAUGUGGUAUUUUAGAUUAAUCUUUUUGUAUGUGGUAGUGCUUAAUCACAUAGGAUACGUGGGUGAAUAUCUUAAAAUGUAUAAACAGCUUCCCUGUGAAAAUAGAAGAUUUUAAAAAUAGCUAUUAAAAUCUCCAGUAAUACUUCAGGAUCAAACAUAGUAUUUUCCUGAAUUUGUAAUUCUUUAAUCUUACAGACAGUUUUAGCAUAGAAGUGUCUUACUGUUCUGAAGCAGCAGAAUAAAAUGAAUUGUAACUUUUCCUUAAAAAUGUAUAUAUUAUUGCUACACUUUGACUUUUCAGGACCUUGAAUAAAUUUUGUUUCUGAAGGUUAAGUAAGAUGCAAGUUUAUGUUUUGGCAGUUUGGACAAGAGAUGGAAAUAAAGUCUUGUUUCAUGCAAGUGCUUAAAAAUACAUGCAACCUUCAUGUCAAUUUUAAUCCUCCCAAUUAAAAAGAACAGACAAACAAUCCUC